AUGUCCGACUUCAACUUCUAUACUGAGGGUCAAUCAGUGAUCGAGAGAUGGGGCCAAUCCAUCCAAGGGAAAACCGUGGCAAUAACCGGCACCAGCGAAAGAGGACUUGGAGCAGCAACCGCCAUUGCUCUAUCCAAGUUUCAGCCAUCUCACCUACUCCUCCUCGCCCGCAACUUACCCAGAGUCCAAUCCGUACUCGACUCGGUCAAAGAAAUCUCCCCUCAAACCCAAGCCACAUUUAUCCCCAUUGAGCUCAGUGACUUCGACUUCGUGCGCAAAGCCGCAACCCAGAUCCUAGGCCUCGUGGACAAGAUCGAUAUACUUAUCAACAACGCGGGCGUUAUGGCAAUCCCAUCGGCCAAGAAUAACAAUGGAAUCGAGAGGACACUGGCGAUUAAUCAUUUGGGACAUUUCCUGUUUACAAAGAUGCUCAUGCCGGCGAUCUUGGAUGCAGGGCCUGGGGCCAGGAUCGUGAAUCUCAGUAGCGGUGCUUAUAAGAUGGCGCCGUUUGAUUUCGGAGAUUGGAAUUUUUCGGACGGCAAAACAUAUGACCCUAUGGCGGCUUAUGCGCAAUCCAAGACCGCCAAUAUCCUAUUCACCGUUGGUCUGGCGAAACGUGCUGAGAAGUAUGGUGUACAGGCAUUUGCUGUUCACCCGGGCUUCAUCCUCGGCACAUCUCUUGUAACUCACCUCCCGGACAUCGAUUUUGCGUCGAUGGACGCAUUAUCCCGCAAGAAAACCGGAUUCCCGUUUGAAAAGCCGUCGCCAAAGUCUUUAGAGCAAGGUAUUUCUACUACUCUGGUUGCUGUGCUAUCUCCCGAUCUCGCAAACCAGAGUGGAGCGUAUCUUCAGGACUGCCAGGUCUGUGAGACAAGAGAAUAUGCCCACGAUGGGAACUUGGCGGAUCAGUUGUGGGAGCUUAGUGAGGAGCUUGUGGGCGGUGAGUUCCAGAUUGGGGCUACUUAG